GCCAUUUUCUGAGCCUGCCCGUCUCGGGUGGCGCCAUGUUGGUGAGGAGAAAUUACCGUUACGGCCACUGUCCAAAUCCCCGCGUCGCUGCGCGCCACCCGCCGGCUCCCACGCCUCAGCCUCCGGCGGCGAAUACAGACUAGAGCGGCAGCGCCGGCAGCGCGGGGCCGUUGCCCCAGUCUUUGCAGUUAGAGCCCCAUCUCUCUGGCGUGGUUGUUAAUAGACUGGAAAGUCUGUGUCUGUGUCGCUCACUAGUAACCGUGAGUUUUUACCACUUCGUCACCCGUCGGCGGCGGCCGGGAACAGGUGCCCGCAGGCGGCGCAGGGGUCCUCCCCGCGCCCCGCCGCCGCCGGCCUCCAGACCUGCCCUCCAGCCCCGCCCCGUUCUUGACCAAACAUGACAGACUCUGAACAUGCAGGGCACGACAGAGAAGAUGGUGAAUUAGAAGAUGGUGAAAUAGAUGACGCAGGAUUUGAAGAAACACAAGAUCAGGAAGCAAAAGAGAAUGAAAAGCAGAAAAAUGAGAAAGCCUACAGAAAAUCAAGAAAAAAACACAAGAAAGAAAGAGAAAAGAAGAAAUCCAAAAGAAGAAAGCAUGAGAAACAUAAGCACAACUCUCCAUCUGGCGAUGAGAGUUCUGACUACAGCCUGGAUUCAGAUGUUGAACAUAUGGAAAGUUCCUAUAAGAAAAGAACUAGCUUCUACAGGGAUUAUGACAUUCCAUUUUCUCAGCAUGGACAUAUUUCAGGAAGUUACAUGACAUCAAAGAAGAGUCAGCAUAACAAAAAAUUCAACAGUAAAGAAUAUGCUGAGUCUAGUUUCUACAGUGAUGACAACUUUGGUAACUACAGUGAUGACAACUUUGGUAAUUACAACCACGAGGGAGAAGAAGACUUUUCCAGUCAGCUGAAAUACUAUAGACAAUCUCAGGAAUCUUCGGGUUCUUCAUUUUCUAAAGAAUCAGGGAAAAAGAGAACUAAAGGAAGCCCAUCAGGUACUGAAUAUCGAAUUAAAAAUUUUAAUACUAGUCAUGGACAUAUUUUGCCGAAGAAAAUCAAAAGAAAAGAACAUCGUGGGGCAAGAGUCACUAAAGGGCCUAAUGUCUUUUCAGGAAUGGAUGACUUUCAAGAGUACAAUAAACCAGGGAAAAAGUGGAAAGUUAUGACUCAGGAGUUUAUUAACCAGCACACAGUGGAACACAAAGGAAAACAGAUCUGUAAAUACUUCCUGGAAGGGAGGUGUAUUAAGGGAGAUCAUUGUAAAUUUGAUCAUGAUGCAGAAUUGGAGAAGAAAAAGGAGAUCUGCAAAUACUAUUUACAGGGAUAUUGUACCAAAGGAGAAAACUGCAUUUAUAUGCAUGGUGAAUUUCCUUGCAAGUUUUAUCAUAGUGGAGCAAAGUGCUACCAAGGAGACAACUGCAAGUUUUCCCAUGAUGAUCUGACUAAAGAGACAAAGAAACUUCUGGACAAAGUGUUGAAUGCUGAUGGAGAACUUACAAAUGAAGAUGAAAGAGAACUGGAAGAACUUAGAAAGCGUGGCAUAACUCCUCUCCCCAAACCACCCCCAGGAGUCGGGCUUCUGCCAACCCCAUCAGAGCACUUACCCUUUUCUGAUACUGAAGACGAUUUUGAGACAGAUCUUUCUGAUGAUAUGAAGAAAAUUCCAUCUCUUUUUGAAAUAGUCGUAAAACCUACUGUGGAUUUAGCACAUAAAAUUGGGAAGAAACCACCAGCAUUUUACAGCAGUGCCUCAUCACCAGGACCACAGUUUCAGGAAGGCAGUCCCUGUCCACAGCACAUGUACAAUUCUGAGUCAAGUCCAGAUCCAGGACCUAAUGUGCCUCAAGGUUGUGAUAGUCCUGUGAGGCAUCCAGGCUCCCCUGGACAUCACCCAUGUGUGGGACCUCCUGGUCCACCAGUGCACGAGAGUGCACCUUUGCCACCUGGUCCACCUGAAACUGUAAGCUCUCAUAGUCAAGCUGGAGGGCUUACUCAGUUGGACAUACUACCAGCUACAGGUAGAGCUUAUCAUUCCCCAAGCUUUCCAGGGCCUGCGAUGAAAGUCCCUAGAGAGAACCAUUGCUCUUCAGCCUCACUGUACCAGCAAAUGCCUGGAGAGAUGCAACUUAGCACAGACUCCGUGUCCCCACACGUCCCAGACGAGGGCUACGAGGACUACUACUCACAGCAUGCUGCGCAUAGUUUUCAACCGCCUGAUAGCUGUGCUGAUGAGAUGUGGCCUGAAGAAUUUGCACCCCAGCAGCCUCCCACUGCCCAUGACUCUUCUAACCUUGGGGGUGGGCCUGACACCAGCAGCAAUAUGACAGGUCACUGCCCUCUGCCUGCCUCAGGGCUCCCUCCUGCAGUACAGAGAGCUCUUUUCAUCCGAUUGGCUCAGAGAUACCAAGAAGAAGAAGCAGCUGGCACCCAGCCUCAUAGAACAUCAAGCAAGGAAGAAGGUUUAAUAGACGAUACAGUUAACUGGUACUCCAGCAGUGAAGAGGAAGAAGGAAGUGGUGUCAGGUCAAUACUGAGAACAUUACAGAAACAAACAGGAACUCUAAGAAGUCAGAAGCACCCUCCCCCAGAGCUUGGCAUUCCUACUGAUCCAAGACUUGCUAAAGAGAAGAGGAAAGGAAGUCAGGUGGUUGACCCUAGGCUUCGGACUGUCCCAAGGCAAGACAUUAGGAAGCCUCAUGAGUCUGUCCCAGUGGAUCUUAGACUUGCAUGGGACCCCAGGAAAUUAAGAGGGAAUGGAAGUGCUCCUGGAGGCUCUUCUGCUAGUGGAGCAAAGUGUGAUUUACAUCUUGCAAAUGCUGGUACGAAUCGCAAACCCAAAAGAAGAGAUGAUGAUGAUGAAGAUACAGAACGAGAACUGAGAGAAAAAGCCUUCUUAAUACCUUUGGAUUCUUUACCUGGAGUAGUACUCCAGGAUCCAAGGCAACAGUUAAGACAAUUCAGUCACAUUAAAAUGGACAUUAUCCUAACCAAACCCAACUUUGCAAAACACAUCGUGUGGGCUCCAGAAGACUUACUUCCAGUACCUUUACCUAAACCUGAUCCAGUAUCUUCAAUCAAUUUACCUCUGCCUCCACUUAUAGCUGACCAGAGGCUCAGUAGGUUAUGGAAUACAAAAAGUGACCAUCAAAGUACCCUGUCCCUUGAUCCAAAAUCAGCAGCCAAAGCCAAAAUGAAUCUAACACAGAGAGAGGGUUACUUAGAACAAUGUGCAGACUUACAUAGUUCAGGAGGUAAAUUAGGAGACCCUAGGCUGCAAAAGAAUUUUGACCCUAGGCUUCACAGACUGCCCAAUACAGAGUCACAUCAGGUGGCUAUAAAGGACUCACAUGUAUCAAAGAGUGGCCCAAACUUAGCCAGAUCAAUCCCUGCUUUGUCCCAGCCUUCAACAGCAUUACCUACCAAUGCUGGUCCUGUGGCACUUCCUCCAUAUGCCCCCAAACUGUCUUCUUCAGCUGGCCCUCCACUGGGAACUGCAAGUUCAGUUCUUAGUGGUAUUAGUUUGUAUGAUCCCAGGGAGAAGGGUUCAUCCUCUUCAUCAGAGCUAGCAGCCAUUUCCUCAGAAGAAAAUGCAGAGAACCUGGAAAAAAGUGGUUUAAAGAAUAGUGAUAAAAACGACCCUUCCCCUGGAGAAGUGAUCCUACAGAAGUCUCCUGCAGACACGGAAGUCCCUGGUGAGGAGCCAGUUGACAUGCAGGCAGAUACUCUGAGGAGUGCUGAUAAGGUCCAGGUUCCCGCUCUGCACAGUCUUCCUAUUCAGGCCUUAACAGGCUUAAUUAGACCUCCAUAUAGUGAUCCAAGACAGGCCAGAGAGCCAGGACAGGGAAGCCCAGCCCCAGAUGAUGACAAGUCUCUGAGAGAGGUUUUUAAGACAUUUGAUCCAACUGCGUCACCAUUUUGUUAGCUGUUGUGUAAUUAAGCUGUUGCCACCCUCUCACAGUUCUCUGCUGUUUUGUAACUGGUUUACCUCUAUAGUUUAUUUAUUUUUUAAAUUAUAAGCAUUUUUCAGCUGCUAGUAUCAGAACCACAUGAACUUAUAUCCUCUAAAGUCUGUGGUAUUUUAUAUAAUAUUUUUAUAACUUCAAGAGACUGUAGUAUAGAAAUGUAUAUCAUGUUAGCGUUAGUAAAAGUUUUUUUUUUUCUUUUUGGUUUUUGAGACAUGGUUUCUGUGUAGCUUUGGAACCUGUCCUAGGAUUAAAGUCGUGCACCACCACCACCCAACUAGUAAAAGUACUUUUUUACUUGUAAGUGAACUAUCAUGAACUCAACACUCAGCCCAAGUAAAUGCCAGUUGUCUUUCAUAAUCAAUGUUUAGGUUAACAACUAACACUUUUAUAUGGUUGUUUAGUUUCAAGCAAUAUGAUAUACAUUAAUUUUGAGAAUCAGUAUUUUAACUAGGAUCCUCUCUGCCAGCACAAAACUGAUUAGUGUGUAAUGCCAACUGCUAAGUAAAAUGCAAGGUGAAAACAUUUAAAACCAUAAUUAGCUCAGCUCGUGUUUAAGGGCGUCACUUCAUUAGCAUUGGCAACACUGUCUGUGUACAUGAAGCACUUGAAUGUUGUAUCUUUUAAAAGUAUUUUAUUGUACACUGUAUCAUAGAAGCUGAAGGAAAUAAAUAAGAUGUUUUGCUACAGUAAAAAAGUCCCAGGUUCUGUAACAGAACUUUUAAAAUUUAAUUUUUCAUAUUAAAUAGUUAUGAGUUUAUUGCUGUGUCACAUUGUGAUAAUAAUGUAUGUAUUCCAGUGUUUGGUCUUUAGCUACAUAAUUUUUAUCUCUUUCAAAUGAUGUAACUGCAAUAAUUGUGUUCAUUAUGACUGACAAUUUUUAACAGUUUUCAAAGUGAGACUGUAGUAAUUAUUAAGCUGAUAAUGUUUUAAAUGUCUAGUUUCUGUAUUUUUUCUUGCAUAGCAAAAACUUCCACUGAGAUGGCAGAUAUAUUCCACUGUAUAGGGUACCAAUAAACAAUCUUUUAGAUCUCA